CAGAGCUAGUCACCCCUGCAAAAACAACACCGCGAGAGUCAAUAUCUCCAUCAGAUAUUGAUGACCAACAAACCCUCCUUUUUCAGAUUCCCUUCAUUAUGUUUUACCCCGGUGGUAAUCCUUCCAUGCAAUAGUCAUCUUCUCGGUAAGGUCCCACCUGAUUACCGACGAAGCUCGCGUCGGUAAAUGGAGAAUCCUGCAACCUCCACCUUCUCGGUAAGUUCAGCACGGUUUUCGAAACCCUGCUGCUGAAGUCUUGUUUUGCAGCUUUUUUCUCCAUAUGCAGACAGGAUUCACGUCUAUAACUGGUUUUUGCAACCACAUCUUCUCGGUAAUGGCGCUGGUCAAGCAGAAGUCUGAUGCAGUGCAGGAGGUGAUCAGCUUUUCAGUUUGCAACGUGAACCUCGUCGGUAAGGUUGGUCCUUGCUCAUCUUCCCUGCCGAACCCCCUCUUCCCCUCUCAUUUUCGUCUUCCUCUUCCGACAACAGUUUCCUUUCCUCCAUUCUUUCCUUCGAAUCACUCUAACAUUUUGCUUCUCACAGUGAGUAGAUCCAGCAGCGGUAACUAAGAUGGAAGCAAAGAACAAGAGGUCUCAAGAGAGGGUGACUCACGCUACUGGGUUUAUUAGCUCUAGUACCUACAAGAUGCAGAUGAUUGAAUCUAAAGGUGGUUUGCAACCUCCUUAUCAAGAGAAGUCCAAGGAAACGCAUACCUUCAGAAAGAAGGUGGCAAAGGACCAUGGGCCGGUGUGGAUAGAUGAAAAAGUAAAGUGCCGACAUGAUACUUAUGUCACAGAGUACGUGGAGACUCAUGGCCCUGAUGCCAAUACGUGGCCACACAUAGAUCAUAAGGGUAAGGUUGUUGAAGGUUGCUCAUCCAAUUUCAUGCUAGGGAUUGGCUCCCAAGUAAAUCCAAAGAAUGUUGGAUUUACUCACAGAAAGAGACAACCUCGAGACAACUUGAUGGUAGUGAUGAUGAUGUCUGACUUUGCUGAGGAGCAGGCACGUCGGAAUGAAGAGCUAAAAAGGCAACGUCAACAAAUAGCUUUGAUGCAACAACAGUUGGCUCAGAUGAUAGAAGCCCAGAAUAACAUGAGUCAGACAAUUGCACAGUCUGUUGCAGCAGCUCUUGCUGCUUAUGGCAUUUGCCCCCAAGUAGGUUAUCAUCCAUUUGCCCCACCACAGUCGUCACAUAGUCAGGGCUCGAAUACUACUUUCGCUAGCUCCACUGAUUCUACUUAGACCUCUCCCAUAUUGCCUAGAUAUCAUCAUUAGCUUCCACCUUAGGAAGAUGUACAUCAUCCUGUUUUUUAUCUAGACUAUCAAGCUCCAUAGUUUUGUUUUUUGUUACAUUAUCUACAUACUUUGCAUGGUUGCUUUUAUUUUUGUUAAUACUUUUAACUGUUAGCUUUAAUUUUU